CUCAAAACUCCUGACCAUUGUGUCUGUACACUUUGUAGCACAGAAUUUGUCAAGAGAAAUGUUUCCAGAAAGACAUUUCUUCCCCACACCCACACUGUGUUCCCUUCAUGCAGUGCCACAUGUCAUAGGACAAACCAGUAUUGAGAUCAGAAAGCUCACUGAGAAGGAGGGGAGAUGGCAGGACAAGAAAUAGAAUGGUUGAGAAUUGACUCCAUGUCUUCAGAGGCAGAUGGGCUUAAUUCUUCCUGAGUUAGCUAUCACCUCUGGUUUAUGGUUUCCCUAUUAGGAGAGGAGAAUGAGAUCACCUUAGGGCUUUGUCUUAUAGUGUUAAGAUAAAGUCAAUGUAACCAUUUUGUUUACCUAUGCACCCAGUGGAUGUUAGCUGUUAUUUGUAUGGCUACUCAGAGGUUCCUUUCUGUAUGAUAUUGGCGAGCUUGUGGUUUCCAAACGGUGGAAAUGACUUGUGAACUUGUAAGCCUACAGAGCUGAAGAUUAACAAAAAUAUCCGUGGAGCUGAUAUCUGUGCUAGCAGAACUUCUACAAGCUGGCCAGAGACACGAAGCACAGGGGCAGCUGCCUUACACGAGCUGCCCCUAGCAUCAUUUUCUCCUGUGCACUUCCCUUCUCUUCUUAGAUCACUGUUGCAAGCAAGGACUUGUCUUUACUUGACACUGGCCCUGGAUCAUGCUGAAGGUCUACCAGGAGCCUGGUCUAGCAGCCAAAACAUAACCCAUGUUCUUGACCCCAUUGUACAGAGCCAGCAUCCUUGGUAAAUGUGGAGUUACUUCAACUCCCAGCCUUCAACCUCCCACUGGGGAAAACGGGUGAAAUGGCUACUGCUAGGCUACUGUUGAGAAUCACAUGGUCUGGCACUUCUAGACAGUUCUGCUUUUGCAAUGAGCAGUUCUCCACUGUUCUCCUCCAGCAAUCUGCCAGGAUGAGGACUCGAAUGUGUACAUGAGGUUUUUCCUUAGAGUGAAACAGUCCAUUUUUUGACACAAAACCAUCUUUGGGGUGCAGAAAAGACUAGCUCUAGCCUAGAGGACAAAGAACAGCCAUGGGAGUGAUCUGAUGGAAUAGAUGACCCCUGGCCAUUAGAGGGUAAUGGUGCUAAUGGCAAUGGGUGGUGCACCUGGUCAGACUUUCUCCUACCCCAGAUUCUAUUGUUUCUAUGGUUCCUAGUUAGUUUUUCUUAACUUCCUUCUGGGUGCAUUAUUUAAUAGUUCAUAUUCAUAAAGGUCCUUCCCACACCCCUCCCUGCCCCUCUUUUUUCCUCUCCAGCCACUGUGGAAAACCACCUUCAGGGACAGGGUACAGGAUGUAUAAAAGCCUGGGCUAAUUCCUUUCUCCUGUUCACUGGUUGCCUUAACCCUACUAAAGCAUGAUGCUUUUCAGGGUCCUGGUGAUCACUGUCUUCUGUGCUCUGACUGUGGCUUUCCCCAGGUCAGAAUUAGUUUCAAUCAAUAAAGAACUACAGGAUUCAAUCAUUGGCCUAUUAAACUCAGUCUUUGACCAACUGGGAUCAUACGGAGGGAUACAAGCUCCUCUAGAGAAUUACACAGAUGAUUAUUAUUUAAGCACUGACUCUGAGCAGACCACGAGCUUCAUGCCAGCCAGAAACAAACAGAAUUCUGAGUUCUCUACUGGUAUUGAGAUAGUCUCCUCCGGCUUUCUUGAAGAAUUCACUGAGAACACAGAAAUCACAGAGAAACUUCCAUUAGCUGGGACAAAUAAUCCAGUCUCCCCUAUUUCCUGAGAAGACUCCAACUUUGAAACAAACCUGCGACUGCCAUUCAGGAUAUUGUGUCUUUGUAGAAAAUGAUAUAAGUCUAAGAUGCUCCCAGCAAAGAAGAAAGAACGAGGAAGUGAUCCUGGAUGAGAAAUGCUGUGCCAGGCAUCUCUGAGCUCUACCCUUACUCUGUGUGGGUUUAAGAAAUAAAUGUUCAUUUGAAUUGCA